AUGGUUGAAGAAGAAUGGUAUGAAACUACUAGAAUGGUUCCGAAACACACCCAAAAAGAAAACGUAGAAAAAGUUUACUCGCAUACUCAUCCUUUUAUAAGAUAUAUCAUCAGACAAAGUAUUAAAGGAGGAAAAGUUUCGGCAAAUCGAAAAUCAUUUGAAACGGAUAAGAUGAAUGAGAUCUGCGCCAUAUUAAAAGAAUACAAUGAAAGUAACACUGAAGGAAUAAUAGAUUUAUUCAAAGAAUACAGUGUUAACCCAAAAGAACUCAAACUCAAAGAACUGGACUAUUCUAAACUGAUGGCAUUUGACGCUAAUGGGUUGUACGCUUCCGCCAUGACAGAAGGUGAAUAUCCUAAAGCGGAAAGUGCAAGAGCGUUUCUACCAGAAGAAGAAAAAGAAUUUGUAAAACUCUUCAAUAAACAAAAAUUCAGACCUAGAACUGAUAUUUUAAAAGUUUGGUUUGAGUAUCCCAAAAACAUGUUCUUUCAACCCAUACCAGCUAAAGAUAAAAUAACUUUUACGAAUAGAAUAGGUAAGAAGGAAACUGGGAGUAAAAUCAGGUUCAGAAAUGGUUUCUGUCACGACGUUUUAACAUCAGUUGAUAUUCAAGAAAUAGUGAAAUCUGGUGGUAAAAUUAUUAGAAUAUUAGAUAUUAUAGUUUACGAAGAAAAUUUUACAAACUCCACCAUACAGAGAUUAUAUUAUAAUUUUGAAGGAAUUAAGGAAUAA